CGUUUUCACCCACCUGCAGCCUGCUAGACUCUUAGCUGACCUGCCACUCUGUGUUCACUACACACACACGCACACACCUACCUGAAAUCUCACUGUUAACAGUCAUGAUGGCCGUUCCUACAGUUAUGAUGCAGCCAGUAGCGUUUCAGUCUCCAGACAGCCCAAAGACCGGCCAGUGGAGCAGCGGGAUAUGUGACUGCUGCGAGGACAUGAGCACCUGCUGUCUUGGAUUCUGGUGCCCCUGCUGCUUGAUGUGUAACACAAGCGAAAGAUUUGGAGAGUGUUUCUGCCUCCCCCUGGUGCAAAUAAGCUUUGGGGUACCCCUCACCUUUGCUAUGAGGAGCUCCGUGAGAGAGAGAUACCGCAUUCAGGGCACGAUGUUUAAUGACUGCUGUGUGUCCACCUGCUGUGCUGUCUGUGUUUGGUGCCAGAUAGCCAGAGAGCUAAAGCAUCGUCAGAAGCCCCAAGUGAUCGUAAACGCAUCUGUGAGCCCUGCUUAUCAGCCUCCACUGCCUAACACACCUCAGCAGCCUCAGUUCAUGGCGGGACACUGAAGAAACUUUCCAUGUUUCUGGAUUUACUGAAUAUUUAUCACUGUUGAUUAAUAAUCAGAUAAUUGUGAUAUAUAAUAUCAAGUUUAAAGAAGCCUAUUAUCACUAGCUAAAGCACUUACAGAAGCUUUUUCAUGUAGCGCCUAUGUAUUUUUGUACUAAACUGCACUUCAGUGUCAUCUGCAAACUCAUUGACACUAUACAAUAAAGUCUGUUUUAUACAAAUAUGAAAACUUAUGUUAACAUAAACAUUUCUAUUUUUAUUUUGUAGAAACCAUUUACAUGUUAUGC